AUGUCGAACAGCAGCACGGCCUCCGCGAAGAUCGGGAAGCCGCCCAACAACACCAGGGAUUACAAUGUCAUUAGGGGGAUCUACCGGCAAUAUGGAGUCACGACGCUCGACCCUGCUCUGGGUUACAUCUUCGCCGCCCAGGAGCCAGCGAACGCCGUUCACGAAUCGAAACAGGGCGCCAUCAUUGCCGGCAUGGUGAUAGUGAUGCUUGCUAUAGUGGUACCGACGACUGGAAGGUUGAUUGUGAAAUGGAGAGGAACGCAGACGAAAUUUGGUUGGGAUGACUGGGUGAUUGUUGCAGCUUCGAUCCUCGCACUGGUCUACCCGAUCCUUCAGAUUCUCGUCGUCGUCGAUGCUGGCGGCGGCCUUCACACCUGGGAAAACACUUACGACGACUACCAAUUCUACUCAUACUACCUCACCAUCUGCAAAAUCAUAUACUACCCAACGGUCGGCAUUAUCAAAAUCUCGAUCACGCUCUUCAUCCGCCGACUCGUCGACACAGCUUUCAAGACCUGGAGGAUCCUAGCGGACAUCUUCCUCGGCACUUUGGUGGCAUUUGUCGUCGCCUCCAUAUUCUGGAACAUUUUCCUCUGCAACCCUCCUCGAGCUGUAUGGGAUAGAGAGUACGCAGGAUCUCUCGCAACAGCAGCUACUUGUGGGAACCAGUUCCUGGCAGCCAAAGUUCUCAGCAUUAUUCACGUAGUGCAGAGUGUGCUUCUUCUUGCCACGCCUAUCAUUAUCCUGUGGCGUGUCCGUAUUGAUACGAGUAAGAAGGUCAGGCUCUUCAUCAUUUGGGCGGCGGGUGGCCUCACUGUUGCUGGAGGCCUGCUCCAGCAGACACAGCCCUUCACGUCCACCGACAUCUUCUGGGACUACACCAUUAUCCUUCGAUGGACCGUGCUUGAUAUCUCAAUGGGCAUUGUCACGGCGUCAUUGCCGGUAUUGGACGCUGCGAUCAUGGGAUCAUGGCACGCAGCCAAGUCCACGCUUGGUCUUUCCAACGCAGACAGGCAGGGAACCAGCAAGAAUACCACAAAUCCGGAGCACACGAAUCAUUCCAGGCGGAAGACGUAUGCCAGUUCAUCUGAGAACAUUAUUGGAAAGGAGGACGGGGUCGAGCUGGGCGUAGUCCAGCACAACAGACCCGAUGAGCCCAGGGAAAGCUCGGAUGCAGAUACUACAGCCCCCGGCAGAAAGCACGGGGUGAACAACAUGGUAUGA